CGCGUUUCCAACUUCAGUUGGUGUGUGUCGAAGAAUCCUGACCAACUACGACCUGAGGAGAGCCACCAACCGAGAAGGUCCACCAAGCUUCGCCAAGGUCCGCUGAGUGGGCUGCGGUCCGGAGCCUUCUCCGGACCGCGGUCACCCAGUGGGCCCGGCCGUCGCCGGACCCCUCAUCCUUCGUGUCAUCGCAGAGGAUCCUCGUGUGAUGACAAGUCACACUUUAGUCACCUGUGUGCUCUGCUUAUUGGAAAUGCCAUAGGAACAACUUAAGACAAAAGGAAAAUAUCUCCAGGAACAGGCGGGUCUUAAAAACCAAAACCACGCGGACCACAAGGGUCCCAGGAUCCAGGGCUCCCUCCCUAGAGGAGUGAAGCCACACCUGGGAGGGCCCCUUCCACCACCAUGGCUUCGGGUGGUUCCUCGGACUGCCCGCCGCCACCUCCUCCUCCACCACCCAACGACAACAACAACAACAAUGCUCCCGAGAGCGUGCCCAACGUCGAGGAACAGGAGGAGUUCCCUGAAGAGAUCGACUUUGAAGAACAGAUGAACAGGCAGUUUGAGAAUAUCAGCCUGCUGGACCAGGUGGAGCUACUCGCACAGAGCUACAGUUUCCUGGAUCAUUUAGAUGACUAUGAUGAUGAUGAAAUUGAGCCUGAACCUGAGCAGGUUCAAAUCAGUGUCCCUGAGGACAGUGAUGAUGAUGACCUUGAGCUUCAAGGUGCUGCAGCGGCCGCUGCCCCAGCACUCUACACCGAUGAUGACCUUGAAGACCUUCCUGAGAAGUUUGAUGGCAACCCUGACUUGCUGGGUCCUUUCAUAUACCAGUGCCAGAUGUUCAUGGAAAGGAGCACCAGAGAUUUCUCAGUUGACCGUGUCCGUGUAUGCUUCGUGACAAGCAUGCUGACUGGCCGUGCCGCCCGCUGGGCUUCUGCCAAGCUGGAAAGAUGCAAUUACCUGAUGCACAACUACACUGCCUUUAUGAUGGAGCUGAAGCACGUGUUUGAAGACCCUCAGAGACGUGAAGCUGCCAAACGCAAGAUCAGACGUCUGCGUCAGGGCCCAAGUUCUAUUGUGGACUACUCCAAUGCAUUCCAGAUGAUUGCCCAGGACUUGGAUUGGACGGAGCCUGCCCUGAUUGAUCAGUUCCAGGAAGGCCUCAACGACGACAUUCGAGCAGAGCUGUCUCGCCAGGAGGAUCCCAAGACUCUGACUGAUCUGAUCACUCUGUGCAUUCACAUCGAGAGAAGGCUGACCCGUGAGCGUGCUGCUGCUGCUGCUGCUGCCGCCGCCGCCGCCGCCGCCGCCGCCGCCGCCGCCGCUGCCGCUGCUGCCGCCGCCGCCGCCGCUGCUGCUAAUGAUGAUGAUGACAAUAAUGAUGAUGACGAAGAUGAUGAUGAUGACAGUUCCGAUUCCUUACCAAGUGCCUCGGCGAUGCCUCCAGUCAACCAGCCUGAUCCCACUGAGCCCGUGGGAGGUGCCCGCAUGCGCCUGUCCCAGGAAGAAAAAGAAAGACGCCGCAAAAUGAACUUAUGUCUAUACUGUGGCAACGGAGGACAUUUUGCCGACACGUGUCCAGCGAAAGCCUCUAAAAAUUCACCGUCGGGAAACUCCCCGGCCCCGCUGUAGGGGGACCUUCAGCGACAGGGCCAGAAAUAAUAAGGUCCCCACCCUCGGAGGCUUCGACUCCCCAUCUUCAGGUGAUGCUUCAAAUCCAUAUCCCUGGAAGACCCACCCUCUUCGUCCGCGCUAUGAUUGAUUCUGGUGCAUCUGGCAACUUUAUCGAUCAAAAUUUCGUCAUUCAAAAUGCAAUUCCUCUAAGAAUCAAAGAAUGGCCAAUUAUGGUUGAAGCCAUUGAUGGACAUCCUAUUGCCUCUGGCCCAAUCAUUCUGGAAACGCAUCACCUGAUAGUUGACCUGGGAGACCACCGAGAGAUACUGUCCUUUGAUGUGACUCAGUCUCCUUUCUUUCCUAUUGUCCUGGGAAUUCGUUGGCUGAGCACACAUGACCCGAAUAUUACCUGGAGCGCUCGCUCCAUUGUCUUCAACUCUGAUUACUGCCGACUUCGCUGCCGCGUGUUUGCUCAGAUACCUCCUCCUCUACUAUUUCCAGUACCGCAUCCUCCUCUACAUCCGAAUGUGCAUCCGAAUUUGCAGCAGCAUGUGCAUCCAGACCCCUUUCUCUCUCUGCAGCAGCAUCUGCAGCAACGUCUGCAUCCAGAAGUGCAGCACUAUCUGCAGCAGCAUCUGCAUCCGCAAGUGCUGAACUAUCUGCAGCAGUGUCUGCAGCCAGAGCUGCAGCACUAUCUGCAGCACCACCUGCGGCCAGAGCUGCAGCACUAUCUGCAGCACCAUCUGCAUCCGGAAUUACAGCACUAUCUGUACCACCAUCUGCAUUCGGAUAUGCAGCACCUUCUGUAUCCAGAUCCACGGAACCAUCCAGAACCGUGUCACCGUCCGGAUUCACAUGACCAUCCUCCUCCGGAUUCCCCUCAGCCUCCGGAUCUGUCUCAGCAGCUGCAUCCAGAUCCCCAGCAGGAUCUCCAGCAGGAUCUCCAGCAGGAUCCCCAGCAGGAUCCCCAGCAGGAUCCCCAGCAGGAUCCCCAGCAGGAUCCCCAGCAGGAUCCCCACCAGGAUCCCCACCAGGGUCCCCAUCAGGGUCCCCAUCAGGAUCCUCAUCAGGGUCCCCAUCAGGGUCCUCAUCAGGAUCCCCACCAGGGUCCCCACCAGGGUCCCCACCAGGAUCCCCACCAGGGUCCCCACCAGGGUCCCCAUCAGGAUCCUCAUCAGGGUCCCCAUCAGGAUCCACACAUAAAUCCUCAUCUGAACCCUCAUCUGAAUCCUCAUCUGAAUCCUCACCUGAAUCCUCACCUGAACCCUCACCUGAACCCUCACCUGAACCCUCACCUGAAUCCUCACCUGAAUCCGAAUCUGUAUCCAAAUGUGCAUCCGAAUCUGUAUCCAAAUGUGCAUCCAAAUUUGCAUCCGAAUUUGCAACCAAACCAACCUUUCUUCUACCAAGUGGCUGGAUUCAGAGUUUUCCAACCUGUGAGGUAUUACUACGUCCAGAAUGUGUACACACCUGUGGAUGAGCAUGUCUAUCCGGGUCACCGGCUGGUGGACCCUCACAUCGAGACGAUUCCUGGAGCGCACAGCAUCCCCAGUGGACAUUUGUACUCACUGUCUGAAUCUGAAAUGGCUGCCCUGAGAAAUUUCGUGGACAGGAAUGUGAAAGAUGGACUCAUGACCCCAACAGUUGCACCGAAUGGAGCCCAAGUCCUGCAAGUGAAAAGAGGGUGGAAACUCCAAGUCACUUACAAUUGCCGAGCUCCACAGAAUGGCACCAUCCAAAAUCAGUACCUUCGCCUGUCUCUUCCAAAUAUGGGAGACCCUGCACACCUGGCAACCUAUGGCGAAUUUGUCCAAGUUCCUGGCUACCCAUUUCCUGCCUAUGUCGUCUAUUCAGGUCAGCACACGAUGACUGCAUGGUACCCAGUCGGACGAGAUAUUCAUGGAAGAAUCAUCCUUGUACCUGUUGUCAUCACCUGGUGUCCAAAUAUGCACCGCCAGCCUCCAGUGCCCCAGUAUCCUCCUCCACAGCCACCACCGCCACCGCCGCCGCCGCCACCACCUCCACCGCCGCCGCCACCUCCACCAGCAUCAUCCUACAGUGCCGCAUAGAUAUUUGUCACGUCCUUCGUACUCUCUGCCCUCAACUUGAUCCUGUGCGGCUUCUCAAUCAAUGACUGUAUGCUAUUGGAUCUUCAGGCCUUCUGAGGCAUAAACGCAUGCAGAUCUAAAGUCAGUUUCCAUCGUGACUGCCAAUUUGUAAGUUGAUAGGCCUCGGUUUUAAGUCUUAAAACCUCUCACCAUCUCAAACAGAGGCUGCCAAUUGUCUUUACAAAGAAGCUGAUACGAGCACAGGACAUGCUGGUUUCAUACAGAGGGAGAGAAGAGGAAGAAGAGAAGGAAGGAAGACGUGACCUGCCCGUAUCCCGGGCACCUUAUGAAGGAAGCCAGACUUUUAGGUGCAGUAUAGAAAGGCUUCCGUGAUCCUCUUGCUGCACCCUAUGAAACUUCACCAUCUUCAAACUCCAUCUUCAUGAUUCCGUUAAUUUUCAAGGAGCAGCAACUCGACUGGUUCUCUGCAACACGAAACACCUCAGCUUGAAAAGGAAGUGCUCUCUCAGACUGACUUGUGAGUGUGCCUUCACAUUCUGGUGCAAAUCACAUGUACCCAAGGACUUGGGGCUUUUUUAGAGCACUGGGCAUCGUCUUGAAGAUACGAACGUCGAAGAAUGAAGUCUCUUGCUACUACCUUGAAACAUUUGUUCAACCUCUCUUUCUGUUUGAUUCUCAACUACUACCAUUAACCCUGCUGCAAGAUUUGUCACCGUUCUGCCUGAUUGCUGAGACUCCGUUUUGCUGCUGUGCAAGAAGAAAGAGGCAGGCCUAAGGGAGCAUGCGUCUCAGCACAGUCUCCCAUUGCCAAACACAGUUUGAGCAGUAGGACAUAACAUGGUUUUUAUUUCAGUUUACCUGUCGAAGAAGAAUCUUGAUGGUGAAGUUUCUUUUCCAUCAGCGUUAUCUCUUUCUUAACCUUGCAUGUUUUAAGUAGUUUAGUGGAUUUUUUUUUCUCAUUGUUUUUGUUCUUGUUAUUUUGUUUUUUUUUUAUAGGAUUUUAAAGUGUUGACUAUGCCUUCAGAAUUUCUGUUGAAUUACAGUACAAUCUCAAUUCUAUCAAUUUGGCCUUUAAAAAUCACCAAGAGAAAUUACUCAUAUUAAAAGAAGAACCUAAUUGGCUAUUGAUUCUUGUUCACUGGGAAUCAGAAAGCUUGUCAAUCACUGAGUGUUUUCCAGUCUUACUUUGAAAUGGUGCAUUUGUGUUUCUGAUUUACUUUAUGAAACAUUGCUUCAGUUUACCUCAGAUCUCCAUCCUAUCCUUCAUGCAUUUUUAACUCAUUUGAACUUCAAGCUGCAGAGGGCCUAGAAAUGGGUCAUCAUCUGCAGCCCUGGCAUAUACACACGGACAUUUGCCACUCCCGCAAGCAAAUGAUUGGAGAAGUUGACCACCUCAGUCAAGAAGAUCAUGCUGGUGUGAGUUCAUAGCUCGCAGAGGACAUCCCUGACACUGGAUUGUUCUGAAGCUUGCCAGUGACUGUUUGGCAGUGUGUACGAUGCUUUAAUUCUAUAUGUAUUUUCUAUAAUGUUAGGUGUUAAGGAUAAGUGAUCGUAAAUUUACUCUAUAGUACUGAAAUUUUGUUAAGUUUCCUUUCUCUCUAUUCAAUUUGCUUCUGUUGAUCAAAUUUACAUUGUUCAAAUUUUUUCUUUCAAUUUCGGCAUUUCCAACAAAAAUGCCUUCAUUCAUUUAUUGGUAAGAAAAAAGAAAGUUGGAAUGGGAGGAGAAUAUAAACUAACAAAAUGAACUAAUUGGCUGUGGGCCCAAAUUUGCAGUCCUUAUUGAUUAAAGAUGAAGGAGGUGUGAGAGUUUCUAUUGCUGGUCAUGAAGUUCACCACAAAGUCAGUUUCGUUUGUACCAGGAGGCAUUUUGCUGAGAGUGAUUUGAGAUGGGCAUCUGUACGGUGCAGUCUAGUCUUGUGUCUAAGUUUACAGGUAUCCUCUUGGACAUCCCGCAUCCCACACCUUUCCAAUUAGCAACAGAGAGCAUCCUGUCGGAGAGACCUGACCAGUCAUGAAGGACCGCCUGUGGAAGAGAAGAGUCUGCAGGAAUCAUGCUACAUAUUCAGCUGGAGAGGGAACACGCAUCUAAUGGGAAUGGAUUGUUUUGCUUGUUUCAGAGUUUUGCUGUUGAGUUGUCAAACAUUGCAUUGUUUUUCUUUUUUGUUUUUUCUUUUUUCCUAUAGUCAAUUAAGAAUAGGGGAUAGAUAAUCAUAAGUAUUUUGGGCUGGGAGGGACUGUUAAGUAAUCAUAGGUGGGUGGGUAAUUUAGGAAAUUAAGAAGUUAGGAUAAGUUAGGAUAAGUUAGGAUAAGUUAGGAUAAGUUAGGAUAAGAUAGGAUAAGUUAGGAUAAGUUAGGAUAAGAUAGGAUAAGGUAGAUCACAUAGGAUAAGAUAGAUUACAUAGGAUAAGUUAGAUCAAAUACCUCAACAAGUGGACGAGUGUACUUAUUUGUCACUUACCCCUACAACUGUACCUUUAUAGUCGAGCUCAGAGGGAACUACAGGGAAAUCAGUGUUUUAGAAGUGAAUUGGACAUGGAUAAAAUUCUAGUGAAAGGUAAAAGAUGAUUAGAGAAAUCUAAUACAGGCUCUGGGAAUGAACUCAAGGGAUUUUAGGAUUGCCAGAUGACAGUCAUCAUUUGAUAAAACUGUUGCUGGAAUGAAGGUUGUAAUGUUGAAUGGUAAAUGUUAAUGGAAAUUGUAGGAAAAUGAUGAAUAAAAGCUCUUUCCCUAUCCCUUCUCUCUCUCCUCCUUAAACUUCUUCUUCCAUCCCCAAUCUCUAACCAACCCCCUUUUCCCUCUAACUCCAUAGCCCACCCCUCCCCUUCCUAACUCACUAUUUCUCCUUCCCCCCUCCAUAACCCACUCCCUCUUCAAUCCUCCCCAACCUACCACUUCUUCCUCCCCCCCUCCACAACCUACCCCUUCUUUCCUCCCCCCCUCCCAACCCCACCCUUCAAACUAUAUUACUGUAUUCUCUUUACUCUAUUUCUUUGUAUUACUAAAACUGUAUGGAUGUUACAAUAAAAAUUCAAUAAAUAAAGACUUAGUGGUUAAGGCA